CAGCUCCCGCCAAUUUUCUAAGAUUUCGCGUCCAAAACUUCGUGGGCAUUUAAAACUUUUUUAUUCUUUAUUUUUCUUUUGUUUCUAACUCUUUUAAUGUUUUAGUGCUCCCACUUGCAAAACAAAGACGCAAUUUUAAUUUUAAAGUUUAUUAUUGCUCAUUCUUUCAGACUAACUAGAAUAGAUGGCUAAAGUCCAUGUUUGUAACGUGGUUGUUCUAGAUAAUCCGUCACCCUUUUUUAACCCCUUUCAAUUUGAAGUCACAUUCGAAUGUAUUGAAGACUUAAAAGAAGAUUUGGAGUGGAAAAUAAUCUAUGUGGGAUCUGCAGAGAGUGAAGCUCAUGAUCAGAUCUUGGACAGUGUGUUUGUGGGACCAGUCCCAGAGGGAAGGCAUAUGUUUGUCUUUCAGGCAGACCCCCCAGAUCCCCAAAAGAUUCCCGUGCAGGACGCGGUGGGGGUGACUGUUGUGCUCCUCACAUGCUCCUACCGUUCAAAAGAAUUCAUCCGUGUGGGCUAUUAUGUCAACAACGAAUAUGCAGAUCCAGAAAUGAGGGAAAACCCACCCACCGUGCCUCAAUUUGACAAGCUGCAGAGGAACAUCCUGGCGACGUCCCCACGUGUUACGAGGUUCAAGAUCGACUGGGAUGACAACGCAGGGGUCCAAGACCUCCCCUCAACGUCCAACGGCCAGUCCCAUGAUGCUCAGGUGGAAGACAGCAAUGGUCCCCUCAACCAGAUCUUCCAGGAGAGCACCAACCACAGUAUGGAGAUGGAAGUCAUGUGAGAGACGGUUUUUAGUUUGUGUUCCGUUGUGAUGUCUUGUUUUACAAAUUAAAUUUAUUUUCACCUUGUACAUAGAUUAUCGAAUAAACC